AUAUCUGGGUUCUCCAUUCUCAUCAAUCAACAUUUCAAACGCUAGCCCUCGCACCAAUUUUAAUCCAAAUGGCGAGAGAAGAAGUCUCGCGUGCUGCACCAGCGAAGGCUUCGGCUCCUGCAAAUUCCGCCGGCAAUCGCAGGAAGACAACUAAUUCGCAGAAGGCCAAGAAGAAGAACCCUAGCAACCUGCGGUCUAGUUCCGCACACCCAACCUAUCUUGAGAUGAUUGGAGAGGCAGUCACUUCGUUGAAGGAGAGAACGGGAUCGAGCCAGUACGCCAUUACCAAAUUCAUCGAAGACAAGCACAAAUCACACCUGCCAUCAAACUUCAGCAAGUUACUUCUCGUCCAGCUCCGAAAAUUUGUAGCAAGUGGAAAGCUCACUAAGGUGAAGAACUCGUACAAGCUCCCUGCGAAAACUAAGAAACCCUCUGUUACUGAGCCAACCAAGACAAAACCGAAAUCGGCCGUGGCCGCCAAGUCUAAGGUGAAGGCGACCGCCGUGGCAAAGCCCAAAGCGGCUGUGAAGGUCUCAAAACCUAAACCUAAGACUGUUGCAGAGAAAUCCAAUAAUCGCCCUGCUAAGGUGGCGAAGACUUCUGCUAAACAGACUCCUGGGAAGAAGGUUGCUGCGUCAAACAAAACUGUUGCUGCACCAAAAAAACAAGUGGCUAAAACGACGAAGAAGGUGAAGAGUGGGAAUUCUGCAGUUAAGGUACCGGUAAAGAAGGCUUUGGCUAGAAAGGCAUAGUAGGAAGUACGUAAUUACGGUUUUAUGUUUUGUUUAGUUUUUAUGCAAGGGCAGUGUUUGUAAAUUUAACU